UUGUGAGUUUUGGCCACUGCCCUUUGGAUGAUGUUUGAGGAUUCCUAAAAAUUCUUGUUUAAGUUUUCAAAGUGAUUGUGCUUUUGCAUUAAGACAAAGUAUACGAGCCCGUCGAGAGUUUGCCUUGUUGACUAAUUUUGGUUGACGCAAAUACCAAAGUCAAAGGUUUAUAGCAUAAUCAUAUCAACAUAUGUUUAGAUCAAAAUAAAGUACACAUUUGCUGUUCUUUUUUUGGUAAACAAAUUACAUAUAUAACUACAUCAUUUGACAAGUUUAGUUACAAUAACUGAAAAAACAAAUAAAAUUUGCUAUGAGCGAGCUAGGAGCAAUUCACAGAUCUGGAGAAGACUGGAUAAGCUUCUUACCCGAACCUUUGCUAUGUCAGGUACUCUCUGAUCUUCCUACAAAGAUUGCUGUUCGAACUAGCAUAUUGUCCACUAGAUGGAGAAAUCUCUGGCUCUCGAUUCCUGUCUUGGAUGUAGACAUCGAUGAUUUCUUUGAUCUCACUACCUUCGUGAGUCUCGUCUCCAAGUAUCUAGAUUUCUCCACGGAGUCGAGCUUACACACGCUCAAGAUUACUUUCAAGAGGCAAGAGGUUGAUUUGUUCUCGAUCAAGUCGUGGAUCGAAACUGCAGUUUUGCGUAAAAUCCAACAUCUUGAAGUUGACUGUCGUAUGAGUUUUAUGUGUGAGGUAAUGCCUCUAAGCCUCUACUUAUGCGAGACUUUGGUUUCACUGAGACUCCAUUUCGUUGCGUUGCAUAGUUUCGAGUUUGUUUCUUUGCCUAAUCUCAAGGUGAUGCAUUUAGAAGAGAAUGUAUACGCUGACGAUGAGAUUCUGGAGAAUCUUGUCUCGUCCUGUCAGGUUCUUGGCACUGUUGUUAGAAAUGUAGAUGAGACUGUAAAGAUUUUACGGGUGCGCUCUCAAGCACUGAACAGUCUCAAACUCGUUCUUGAUAGUUCCAGGUCUUGGUAUAAUGAUGAUAGCGAAGGUUGGGAGGUUUUGAUUGAUGCUCCUCGGCUCAAGUAUCUGAGUAUUAAAGAUGAUCAGUCAGCGAGUUUUGUCAUAACCAAUCUGUGUUCAUCUGCAAAGGUAGAGAUUGGUGUCAGCUUUAAUGUGAACGAUAUUUGGGAUCUAGAUGACUCGUUGGAGAGAAUCAGCAGUGUCGGUAAAUUACUCACCGGGCUCUCGAAUGUAAGGGACAUGACUCUAAGUGGAACAACCUUGAAGAUCAUCUGUCAAUACUUGAAACACGAACCGAUGCCUCAGUUUCAUGACAUGACUCGUUUUCAAGCAAAGUUGUAUGUUUCUGAUUUGGAAAAGUUGCCAAGCAUUCUUGAAAGCUGUCCAAAUCUCCAAUCUCUUGUCUUGAAGCUGAAAGGUAUAACGGAUAAGGAGGAAAUUAGUUUCUCAUCAGUGCCAAAGUGUAUGCAAUCAAGCCUCGAGUACAUUGAGCUGAGAAGACCCAACUGUGGAAAUGCUGUAGUAGAGAUGAAGGUAAUAAAGUAUUUACUUGAGCAUUCGGGAGUCCUCAAGAAGUUCACGCUACGUGUGGACUGUCCUAUAAAGGCGCAAGAUCCUGUCGUCGUUAGGGAACUAAUGAGAUUCCGGAGAUGUUCUAGUGCUUGUGAAGUCAACGUUGGCAUACUUGAAGAUGACCCUUAGUAGGUCAUAGCAUCCGAUUUUUCAUCACGGUUUUGGUUUGGGAUUAGUAAUAAACUUUCUUUGAGAGCUUUCCAAAUAUCAAAUGGACUCUUUGUAGUUCUUUGAGGUCUAUGGACUCUUUGUAGUGAAGCAAAUGAUAAAGCAAAUGACGAAACAGAGUGAUC